AUGAGUACCUUUGGGUACCGAAAGGAGCUGAAGAAGUAUGAAUCAGUGGAUGAAGAUGAGGUGUUGGCUGGCUUGUCGUUUGAAGAGCUUCAGGAGCUGGAGAGGGAGCUGGCGGAUAUGGACCCGGAUGACAACGUACCUAUCGGGCUGAGGCAGAAAGACCAGACCGCCAAGACCCCCACAGGCACCUUCUCCAGAGAGGCACUGCUGAAAUACUGGGAGGACGAGACACACAAACUGCUAGAGAAUGACAGAUCUGAAUCCUCCCCUGAACAUGAUAGAAUGGAGGAAGGACAGACUGAUAAGAGCGAAGAGGAAGGUGUGACAGAGAGUGACAGUAACAGCACAGAGUCUGAGGACAGUGAUGAGGAAGAGGAACGCCAAAAUGGAAGGGAAGAGAGCGAAGACGAGGCAGGUGAGGAUGAGAAUGGUUCAAUUGAGGCUGAAAAUGAAGAGGAAAAGAAGGACAAAUGCAAACAGGAGCCUUUACCAACUUCUGGUAGACAUGGGCAGAACGCUGUUGACCACCUGUCAAGAAACCUAGGGAAUUGUUCUGAAAGGGGAGACUUGAGAAUGACAAUGACUGACCAAAACCUAAAUGUGACUACAGAGAGACCUUGUGGGAACCCUAUCGUGAUUGACGAGGCACUUGAACGGAUCCUUCGCGAUGAUCCCACGAUGAGCGAGCUCAACUUCAACAACAUCGAAGACAUCUCUCAGGAGACCUUGCUGCGUAUCUCCGAAGCACUGAGCGCCAAUACACACGUACGUGUUUUUAGCCUUUCUAACACCCGAGCCAAUGACCGAGUUGCCUUCGCCAUCUCCAAGAUGCUCAGAGACAACUGCUCCAUCACCAACCUCAACAUUGAGUCCAACUUUGUGUCCGGCCAUGGAAUCUUGGCUCUGUUGGCAUCGCUCCAACAAAACAGUACUCUGGUGGAGCUGCGCUUCCACAACCAGAGGCACAUCUGCGGGGGGCAGGUUGAGAUGGAGAUGGUUCACCUCCUGAGGGACAACAACACCCUCCUCAAGCUGGGCUACCAGUUUGAUCUGCCAGGCCCCAGGAUGACCGCCACCAGUAUUCUGACCCGCAACCAGGACCGGCAGAGGCAGAGACGGAUGCAACAACAGAGGGAGAAAGGCCAUCCAGAAGCAACAGUCCAGCCCAGGGCCGAUGCCGGGACAACAGGCCUAGUUUCUGGAUCGCCUCCUUCAAACAAACCACCCUGGUUCUCUCCAAAACAUGCGAGGAAUGACCAGACCCCAAAUAACAUCCCUCCUCCGCCUCCCCCUCCUCCACUCCCUGGCCUUCAGUCUGAGAGGAAUACACCAACCAGGAAGAUUGCAGAGAUGAUCAAACAACAUGAAGGAAGUACAAAGAGUCAAUCAGGCCAAAAGAAACCCAAAUCCAAGAGGGGCAAAAAUGGGGCCAACAAGAAGUGCAGCUCUGACAUUCUCAAGGAGCUGAAGAAUGCCUUGAAGCCUUCUUCACGAAAGAAGAAAGACAACCCACCCCGGCCACUAGCACCUCUGAGCUCUACCCGUGAUGAUCUGAUGGCGGCCAUUCGUGGUAGCAGCAUUAGAUCACUCAAAAGGGUAAGUAUGACAGAUGCACAAACAUCCAAUCAUGAACCAGUGACUCUCCAGCAGGAUCUAUGUUAA